CUAGGCCUUGCAGGACCCGUAGCGAUUCGGAAGGGCGGGAGCCUGAGAAGAAAGGGCGGGGAUCUAGAGCGCCGAAAGAGGUAACAUCCGGGAUCCUCGCCACUCUGGGGGAGGGCGGGGCAAGAGGAAAGGGGCGGGACUCGUUCCCGGGAACCGAACCUGGAAGUCCCCGCAGCAGUGAAGCUGGAGCUGGAGCUGUUGCCGCCCGUCAGGCCACCGCGUCUUGUAGCGUCCCAGCGCUGUGCAGGGCUUCUCCUGGCGGCGCUGCCGGGUUGGCUGCGAGGCACAGGUUUCCUAAAAGACAGAAAAAAAUGGAGGAAUCUGUAAACCAAAUGCAACCACUGAAUGAGAAGCAGAUAGCCAAUUCUGAAGAUGGAUAUGUCUGGCAAGUCACUGACAUGAAUCGACUACACCGGUUCUUGUGUUUUGGUUCCGAAGGUGGGACUUAUUAUAUCAAAGAACAGAAGUUGGGCCUUGAAAAUGCUGAAGCUUUAAUUAGAUUGAUCGAAGAUGGCAGAGGAUGUGAAGUGAUACAGGAAAUAAAGUCGUUUAGUCAAGAAGGCAGAACCACAAAACAAGAGCCUAUGCUCUUUGCACUUGCCGUUUGUUCCCAGUGCUCUGACAUAAGCACAAAACAAGCAGCAUUUAAAGCUGUUUCUGAAGUUUGUCGCAUUCCUACCCAUCUCUUUACUUUUAUCCAGUUUAAGAAAGAUCUGAAAGAAAGCAUGAAAUGUGGCAUGUGGGGUCGCGCCCUCCGGAAAGCUAUAGCAGACUGGUACAAUGAGAAAGGCGGCAUGGCCCUUGCUCUGGCAGUUACAAAAUAUAAACAAAGAAAUGGCUGGUCUCACAAAGAUCUGUUAAGAUUGUCACAUCUUAAACCUUCCAGUGAAGGACUUGCAAUUGUAACUAAAUAUAUUACAAAGGGCUGGAAAGAAGUCCAUGAAUUGUAUAAAGAAAAAGCACUUUCGGUGGAGACUGAAAAAUUAUUAAAGUAUCUGGAGGCUGUAGAGAAAGUGAAGCGCACAAAAGAUGAACUGGAAGUCAUUCAUCUAAUAGAAGAACACAGAUUAGUUAGAGAACAUCUUCUGACAAAUCACUUAAAGUCUAAAGAGGUGUGGAAGGCUUUGUUACAAGAAAUGCCUCUUACUGCAUUACUAAGGAAUCUAGGAAAGAUGACUGCAAAUUCAGUGCUUGAACCAGGAAAUUCAGAAGUAUCAUUAGUCUGUGAAAAACUGUGUAAUGAAAAAUUGUUAAAAAAGGCUCGUAUACAUCCAUUUCAUGUUUUAAUUGCAUUAGAAACGUACAAGACAGGUCAUGGGCUCAGAGGAAAACUGAAGUGGCGCCCUGUUGAAGAAAUUUUGAAAGCUCUGGAUGCUGCUUUUUAUAAAACAUUUAAGACAGUUGAGCCAACUGGAAAGCGUUUUUUACUAGCUGUUGAUGUCAGUGCUUCCAUGAACCAAAGAGUUUUAGGCAGCGUCCUCAAUGCUAGUACAGUUGCCGCAGCCAUGUGCAUGGUUGUCACACGAACAGAAAAAGAUUCUUACAUAGUUGCUUUUUCAGAUGAAAUGGUACCAUGUCCACUGACUACAGAUAUGACCUUACAACAAGUUUUAAUGUCUAUGAAUCAGAUCCCAGCAGGUGGGACUGAUUGCUCUCUUCCAAUGAUCUGGGCUCAGAAGACAAACACAGCUUCAGAUGUCUUCAUUGUAUUCACUGAUAAUGAGACCUUUGCUGGAAGUGUCCAUCCUGCUAUUGCUCUGAGGGAGUAUCGAAAGAAAAUGGAUAUUCCAGCUAAACUGAUUGUUUGUGGAAUGACAUCAAAUGGUUUUACCAUUGCAGACCCAGAUGAUAGAGGCAUGUUGGAUAUGUGUGGCUUUGAUACUGGAGCUUUGGAUGUAAUUCAGAAUUUCACGUUAGAUGUGAUUUAACCAUAAGCACCAGCGUGAUCUUAGAGGUCCAUCGCCAUCAGUGAUCUCACUAAAAAUAUGCAGCUACUUCCCAGCUAAUCUCAAUCUAAAGAUGAUGGUAUAGUAUGUGCAUAAUGGAAAGUUACCUUAC